CGGAAGCCGAGCAGGGUUUGGAGCUGAGACAGCGGGGAGUGGGGACAGCGCCGUCAGCUGCGAUGAUUCCCCCGCAGGAGGCUUCCGCCCGGCGGCGGGAGAUCGAGGACAAACUGAAGCAGGAGGAGGAGACGCUGUCGUUUAUCCGAGACAGCCUGGAGAAGAGCGACCAGCUCACUAGGAACAUGGUGUCCAUCCUGUCGUCCUUUGAGAGCCGACUCAUGAAGCUGGAGAACUCUAUCAUCCCUGUGCACAAGCAGACAGAGAACCUACAGAGGUUGCAGGAGAACGUGGAGAAGACGUUAUCCUGCCUGGACCAUGUUAUCAGCUACUACCAUGUAGCCAGCGACACAGAGAAGAUCAUCCGAGAGGGCCCCACAGGUAGGCUGGAAGAGUACCUGGGAAGUAUGGCCAAAAUCCAGAAGGCUGUGGAGUAUUUUCAGGACAAUAGCCCAGACAGCCCAGAACUCAACAAAGUGAAGCUGCUGUUUGAGCGAGGGAAGGACUCCCUGGAGUCGGAGUUCCGCAGUCUGAUGACCCGGCACAGCAAGGUGGUCUCCCCCGUGCUCCUCCUGGAUCUCAUCAGUGCUGAUGACGAGCUGGAGGUGCAGGAGGACGUGGUCCUGGAGCACCUGCCUGAGAGCGUGCUCAGAGACGUGGUCCGCAUCUCCCGCUGGCUGGUGGAAUACGGUCGGAACCAAGACUUCAUGAAUGUCUACUACCAGAUCCGCUCCAGCCAGCUGGACCGCUCCAUCAAGGGCCUGAAGGAGCAUUUUCGCAAAAGCAGUUCCACCUCUGGGGUGCCCUACUCCCCCGCCAUCCCCAAUAAGAGGAAAGACACACCCACCAAGAAGCCCAUCAAGCGGCCAGGGACGAUCCGUAAAGCUCAGAACCUUCUGAAACAAUAUUCCCAGCAUGGUCUAGAUGGGAAAAAGGGGGGCUCUAACCUCAUUCCUCUGGAAGGGAGAGACGACAUGCUGGACGUGGAGACGGACGCCUACAUUCACUGCGUCAGCGCCUUCGUCAAGCUGGCACAAAGUGAAUACCGGCUGCUGAUGGAGAUCAUCCCUGAGCAUCACCAGAAGAAAACCUUUGACUCCUUGAUACAGGAUGCCCUGGACGGGCUGAUGCUUGAAGGGGAGAACAUCGUAUCUGCUGCCAGGAAAGCCAUCAUCCGCCAUGACUUCUCCACAGUGCUCACCGUCUUCCCCAUCCUGCGGCACCUCAAGCAGACCAAGCCCGAGUUUGACCAGGUGCUCCAGGUGUGUGAGCCGGGAGGUCUGUUAGACACACACAGACACACAGAAACACACAGAGAGAUAGACACACACAUACACACACACACACACACACACACACACACGCACAGAGCGUCCCUUUACUCCCUCUGGGAAACCAUUCCGUGCUCACCCACAGCUCUUCUGAGUGGCUCCCAAGGGGCUUUGGACAAGUCAAGAUGCUCCCAAGGUGACAGAAGAGCUGUGGUUGAUCUCCACCUGCAGAAGUCGGUCUCUGCUGAGGGUUGGGAAGGACCUAGAAGGAGUGACACUUGGGGCUUGCUGGAGAGGGCAGUGCUCCGCACUUCUGAUGACUGUGUCAGCCAUGUCCUUCCUCAGGGCACAGCAGCCAGCACGAAGAACAAACUGCCUGGCCUCAUCACCUCCAUGGAGACCAUUGGGGCCAAAGCUCUAGAAGACUUUGCUGAUAACAUCAAGAAUGAUCCAGACAAGGAGUACAACAUGCCUAAAGACGGCACCGUCCAUGAGCUCACAAGCAACGCCAUCCUGUUCCUACAGCAGCUUCUGGACUUCCAGGAGACAGCAGGUGCCAUGCUGGCCUCCCAAGUUCUUGGGGACACAUACAAUAUUCCUUUAGACCCCCGAGAAACCAGCUCUUCGGCCACCAGCUACAGCUCCGAGUUCAGCAAGCGGCUGCUGAGCACCUACAUCUGCAAAGUCCUGGGUAACCUGCAGCUGAACUUACUCAGCAAGUCCAAGGUGUACGAGGAUCCAGCGCUGAGCGCCAUCUUCCUACACAACAGCUACAACUACAUCCUCAAGUCCCUGGAGAAGUCUGAGCUGAUCCAGCUGGUGGCUGUGACCCAGAAGACAGCCGAGCGCUCCUACCGGGAGCACAUUGAGCAGCAGAUCCAGACCUACCAGCGCAGCUGGCUAAAGGUGACUGACUACAUCGCAGAGAAGAACCUACCAGUGUUCCAGCCCGGAGUCAAGCUCCGGGACAAGGAGCGGCAGAUGAUUAAGGAACGUUUCAAGGGGUUCAAUGAUGGACUCGAAGAACUGUGUAAGAUUCAGAAGGCCUGGGCCAUUCCAGACACAGAGCAGAGAGACAAGAUUCGACAGGCUCAGAAAAACAUUGUCAAGGAGACCUAUGGGGCCUUUCUGCACAGGUAUGGCAGCGUGCCCUUCACCAAAAACCCGGAGAAAUACAUCAAGUACCGCGUGGAGCAGGUGGGCGACAUGAUCGAUCGCCUUUUCGACACCUCUGCUUGAGUCUGCCAGUGUCUCUGCCCAGUUCUGCCGGCAUGCCUAGCGUGUCCUCGGACUCAUAAACCAGGCCAGUGUCUCUGCCCAGUUCUGCUGACAUGCCUAGCAUGUCCUCGGACUCAUAAACCAGUGGUGACACACUUCC